GAGUUGAAGACCGUUUUAGUAAAUUUUAUAAAACGAAGAGGAGCACAUCCCUGCUGCAACAGACUAGGACAAACCAUGAGUGGAUGCCCGUACUUUGAGAAGAAACAUUUGUUAUUCAAAAAUAAACCUUCUACUGAAGAAAGCCAGGAUGCCUCGCAGGCAGGGGGAGAGGACAGCAAAGGAAGAAUCAUCUAUGGAGACUACCUGCAGCUGGAUAAAAUAACCACAGCUCAAGUGUUGCAAAGUGAACUGCAGGGCAAUAAAAUCCAUGACGAGCAUCUUUUCAUCGUCACCCAUCAAGCCUAUGAACUGUGGUUCAAGCAGAUUCUUUUUGAGAUCGAUUCGGUGCGGGAGAUCUUCAUCAGCGGACAUGUCAGAGAUGAACGCAACAUGCUCAAAGUCAACACACGGAUUCACCGGAUUGUAAUGAUCUUCAGACUGCUGGUUGACCAAUUCGCAGUUCUGGAAACAAUGACAGCGCUGGAUUUCUUUGACUUCAGGAAGUACCUGAUUUCCGCCUCUGGGUUUGAAAGCCUUCAGUUUCGACUUCUGGAGAACAAAAUUGGGGUGCAGGACAACCUGAGGGUUCCUUACAACCGACGGCAUUACAAGGACUACAUUAGAGGGGAUGAUACUGAGACGCUUCUAGACGCAGAACAAGAGCCAACGCUUCUGAAGCUGGUUGAGGAGUGGCUGGAGAGAACGCCUGGCUUGGAAGUGGAUGGAUUCAAUUUCUGGGAACGGCUUGAAAUAAAUAUAUUUGACGGGCUGAAUGCGGAGGAGAAGAAAAUCGAGAAAAUGCCAGAGUCGGAGGAGAAAGAGAAGCUGAUGGCUGAGCUUGUCAAACAGAGAGAGCACUUCACGUCCCUGUUCGAUGAAAAGCGUCAUGACCAUCUGGUCAGCAAAGGGGAAAGGCGACUGUCUUACAAGGCUUUGCAAGGUGCUCUGAUGAUUUACUUCUACAGGGAAGAGCCGAGGUUCCAGGUUCCCUUCCAGCUGCUCACAUCCCUCAUGGACAUGGACAACCUCAUGACAAAAUGGAGAUACAACCAUGUGUGCAUAGUACAUCGAAUGAUUGGCAGCAAAGCAGGCACGGGGGGCUCAUCAGGCUACCACUACUUAAGAUCCACUGUCAGUGACCGCUACAAAGUGUUUGUGGAUCUGUUUAACCUGGCAACGUUCCUGGUGCCUCGUCACUGGGUGCCCAAACUGAACCCCAACGUUCACACCUUCCUGUACAUGGCCGAGUGCUGCGACAGCUCCUACUGCAGCAGCGAGGACUCGGACUAGGAGUUCAUCUCAGCCGUCUGUUAUGGCUUCCCUUCGCUGUGACAGAGAUCACAGCCGGGGGCUUAUUUGCCAAGUGUGUAGGUGUAGGGCAGCUCCUGUGUUGGGCCAACAUAUGCAUGAGUCAGAGCAUCACUCUGACUUAAAGUUGAUUCAACUUUACUUUUCUCAAGACCAAUAAACAUUGUAGUAAACUUCAUGUAAGUAAGUAAAAUGAUGAACUUUAUUGUUUUAUACCAAGUUAAAAGGAUGUAAGGGUGACUCACUGAAUGUAUAAAUAUAAGAUUGAAAUGUGAAGUUAGGCUUGUAAAUAUUAAGCUUUAGCACGUGG